UCCGCCUGUAUCGCGGAACGACGACACGACAUCUGAGUUUGGGCAACUGGAACAACAGUUCGCGGCUGGCAGCGCACCGGUUCAUGUUUUCCCCAACAUGUCGGUUUGAAGCUGGUCGCGCCGAGCACUUCUACGGACACGUUUUCACCGUUUGCAUCUCCGAGGGAAUUUACCGUCGAGCCUGAUGGGGAUAUAGAGCUUUACCCGUUCGUUCGUUCAUUCGUCUGUCCGUCGCUGCGAAACCGCAUGGAAAUUCCCGUCGGUGGUGCCUGUCCGACCAGGGGAACGUAACGGCGAUGUGCGUGUCUAAAAAAGAGGUGUUCAGUGUGGCAACGAGCGGGACAGUGUAGAGAAGAAACUGACCGCGGCGGGCGAAAGAGAAGGAUCGGCAUAGUGAGCGGACGAGGUGGGGCGGUAACAAGCAGAGAAAGAGAAGGAAAAAAGUACUUGUGCGCACACUACACAUACAGAGAGGAGGACGCGCGCGCGCGCGCGCGCGUGCUAUGUGCCCGUAGAUGAAUAUAUACACAUAUCUCUACGUAUAUAGAAAGAGACGACGAAGAGAGGGGGGGUUGCGAGGGAGUCUCGAGGCCGGCCAGGUGGGGAGAGACGGGAAGGCGAGGAAACGAGCAAGAGAGAGCGAACAAGGAAACCCGGGAGGAACAAAGACGGACCGAGAAACGUGUAAAAGAAGGGAAACGCGAAUUAAAAAAUACGCUCUGUCGCGGUGUUCCAUGUGCGACGCGAUAUUUGCGUAAACCGUGAAACAACCGAUACGCUGUUCCUCUCUCUGUCUCUUUCUCCGUCUCUUACGUUACAUACACACACAGAUACACAUAUACAAACGCACGCAUACACAUAGAAAACGCAUCGCGCAAAAUACACAGCAAACAUACAUACGUACACACGUACACAUGCACGCGUACACAUUCUUUUUCUUCAACUUUAAAGAUAUACUGCUCUUCGGUCGAAGAUACAAAGCCGUGGUUUUCAUCGAUGCAUCGACAUGAUCGAGACAACAGCGAUGGACUGACUAAACCGUGUCGACUUCGAAUUAACGCAUCCGUGGAGGGUUACGUUCGUGCAGUGUUCGUAUCGGUCGCCGUUCGUGAUUCAAUAAGAAAGAAAACGGAAAGGAAGAGACGUAAGAGAAAAGCCUCGAGACUGUAACAAAGUGGGGGGACACACACGAAACGGUUGGACAAAGGACGGAGAAAAUAAGGAGAAUUCUGCCUAAAGAGACUCGCGUAAGACCCCAGUGUGUGCGUGUUUGCGUGUGUGCGUGCGUGUGCAUGUGCAUGUGGGGCCUGGAGUCCAUGUACACAUACACCGGUCAACAUGGAGGAAAGUCAUCUGUUGAUGACGGAACUUCCGGCGUUAACGGGGAACCGAGGCACUACGUUGCUUCACCGUUCGGGACACUACUACCAAUUACAUCAGCCGCACCUGGCGAUCCCGACGUCCCAGAAUCAGCCGAUCCUCUACAACUCGGGUAACGAGGCGCAUUAUAUGAGCGGUACGGUCAGCCUGCCAACGUUCCCGCAAGGUCUGCCCCGGCAUCCUUCCGGUCAGGGGAACCGCGAGAGCGUCGCGGCCAGUACCCACAUCUCGUGCCUCUAUCCCGAGAUCCUCGCGUUGAUCUUUAGCUACUUGGAGGUUAGGGACAAAGGACGCGCGGCACAAGUGUGUGUCGCGUGGAGGGAUGCCGCGUACCACAGGUCGGUGUGGCGCGGCGUCGAGGCCAAGCUGCACCUCAGGAAACAAGCACCGGCGUUGUUCGCCAGCCUGGUCAAGAGGGGAGUGAAGAGGGUCCAAGUGUUAUCGCUGAGGCGAGGCCUGGGCGACGUUCUGAAAGGCGUGCCGAACCUGGAAUCAUUGAACCUGUCCGGCUGUUACAACGUGAACGAUUUAGCCCUGAUGAAGGCGUUCUCGCAAGAGUACACCACCUUAACCGAGCUGAACUUGUCGUUGUGCAAGCAAGUCUCGGACAUCUCGCUCAGCUGGAUAGCCAUGUAUCUGCCGAACUUGGAGCACCUGGAGCUAAGCGGUUGCAGGAACAUCACCAACGACGGGCUGUUAUGCAUAGCGUGGUAUCUGAAGAAACUGAAGAAGCUGGAGUUGCGGAGUUGCUGGCAGGUGUGCAACGACGGGAUCGCUUACCUGGCGGGCAUACAUUCUCAGACGACCACUAGUUGUGUAAUGAAACAGUUGGCUGGGAUCGUGGACAUCGAUACGGCCGGCGGCAACUUCGCGCUAGAGCAGCUUAACCUGCAGGACUGCCAGCGAGUGUCCGACGAGGCGCUCAGACACAUAUCCACCGGCCUGACCACUCUCAAGUCCAUCAAUUUGUCGUUCUGCGUCUGCAUAGGCGACACAGGAGUGAAACACUUGGCCAAGAUGCCCAGCCUGCGGGAGCUGAACCUUCGGUCCUGCGACAACAUCUCGGACGUCGGCAUGGCGUAUCUGGCGGAGGGCGGGAGCAGGAUCUCGUCGUUGGACGUCUCGUUCUGCGACAAAAUCGAUGACCAGGCACUCGUCAACAUCUCCCAGGGACUGUUCAACCUGAAGUCACUGUCGUUGUCCGCGUGCCAGAUCAGCGACGAGGGGAUCUGCAAGAUCGCUCAAACGUUGCACGACUUGGAGACGUUGAACAUCGGCCAGUGUAGUAGGUUGACGGACAAGGGGCUCUACACGAUCGCGGAGAAAAUGAAACACCUGAAAUGCAUCGAUCUUUACGGAUGCACCAGGAUAAGUACCAACGGACUCGAAAAAAUCAUGAAACUGCCUCAACUGAGUACGUUGAAUCUUGGUCUAUGGCACGUGCGGUGAUGGCUUUUUCUAAGCAGUAUUCGCGUCCUUCGUGAACGGGCAAGGUGUUUCCUUGCUCUUUCCCUCGACGACGGUGUAUCCAGGUUUCUCUUAACCGUCGCUUUUCACGAUUCUCGAGAGUUUUCGGCCAAAGGACACCUUCGUUCCAAUUUUCUUCGCAAUGCGAUCGCAUAACGUUCCUGUUUACGCGUAACGCUUCUCGGCCCUCGUCUUGGCCCCCCCCGGCGUUCAGGGUCCACGACGAUCCGGGGAUCUAGUAGACACGCCGUGUAAUUCCGAUUUUGUCGUUUCUUUGCUCGAUCGUUGCGAGAUCUGAAAACGGACUCGGCCGUUGCUCUUCAAUGUCGGAACCAUUUUAGGGAAAACGAGACUUUUCAUUUUCGUCAGAAAUGCAUUUUCGAAUCGUUCAACACUCCGCUCAUCGUAUACACUUGUUACUGAGUAAUGUAGGGUUAAUGAUGCAAUGUCUUACGUGUUAAUCGUGCCACUAGUUGAGACGUUUCUUCUUAAUCUUAUUCUUAUCCCCCCUCCCCCCGUUCCUGUUCCUUUUCCUUCUUCUUCUUCUUGUUCAUUUUGUAGAAACCUUUGACCGAGCAGAACUCGUUCUUAUUUCGUUUCCAUGUUUCCAAGCUGUUCCUACAUGUGCACCAUGGCUACGUCCGGACUCGAUCUUUGUCGAUUAUCUAGACGAAUCGUUCGCAGCGACGAUCUUAUUCGCGAAACACGCAGCGAAUAAGGUAUCGCCGUGAAUCCCAGCCGCUGCGAUCGGACACGCUAAUCGCAUUGCAACAGAGAAUAUCAGACAUUGUUUUCCAAUUAUUCACGUCGAGAUUACAACGAUUGUAACGUACGACGAGUAAACUAAUAGAACGACAACAU